AAAUGUACGUUCUGGCGAUGGUCUUAUUAUAAGCUCACCAGAGAUACGACGCUGGGUGAGUCACGUCACAAAACUCAAAAAAAGCUCAAUGGCACCGGCGUAAAUGAAGCUGAGAUGCGUUGAUGUAGAUGAGAGAAUUCCAGUGAGUCAAACGCACUAUCAUGUUUGUCGGAGCUCAUCGAGAGCGACAGCUGAAAUAUUGCAUCAACGCCGUCCUGCUCCGCAUUGGCCGCUCUCGGAGAAAAGAGCAGCAGCUUGCUUUAUUAGCAAUAUCAUCGAGUCACGGAUCAAUUUAGCCAGGAAUGCUACUCUGGGAAGACCAGACCAAGAGGAUUCAUGCGUCUGCAGUUGGGGGACUGCAAUUGGGCUUCCUAAUCCAAUUGGCGUCUUGCAGUUACACAUUCUGAUUAUUAUGAUGAUUUUACUCUUCUACACAACACCCUGAUAGACACCUUUUAGCUGACCAGGGAUUAAAGAUUAAAGUGAUUUCAACUGAAAAGCAACAAGACGCACUAAUUCUUGCAGCUCCAGUGUGGCUGACGAAGAGCUUGGGUCAAAUGCUGACUAAGUUCUGGAGGGGAGCUGGCAGCUGUGGCUGGAGAGUGCCGCGCCGUGGC